AUGGGAGUGCAGGUGGAGACCAUAUUCCCUGGAAAGGGGCUCACCUUCCCCAAGCAUGGCCAGACCACUGGGAUAUUUGAAGAUGGGAAAAAGUUUGAUUUCUCUCCGGACAGAAAAAAGCCCUUCAAAUUUGUGAUGGGCAAGCAGGUGGUGAUCCGAGGCUGGGAAGAAGGAGUUGUCCAGAUGAGUGUGAGCCAGACAGCAAAAAUGACUAUCUCUCCAGACUAUGCUUAUGGAUCUACUAGGCACCUAGGUGCCAUUCCACCAAAUGUUACUCUCAUCUUUGAUGUGGAACUUUUAAAAUUGGAAUGACAGGAAUGGUUUCUUCCCCUAGCUCCCUGUUUGUUGAAUUGGACACAUGGAGGUGUCCAGAGUCUCAGCUUGAAGAAGAAUGCACAUGAAUUUGUAUGGAGCUUUCCCCUGAUAUUCCACUACAUUCAUUGUAUAAACAU